UCAUCUACUACAAGAAAAAAUGUGGAUGACCGGUGGUACUCUAUUCCUCACAUUUGCCAUUUUCUUCGAAUCAAUUGAAUUAAUAAGUUCAAGAACGAGUUUAGACGCAUUAUUUCCUGGAUACAACGGCCUCCUUCCUUACGUCCGAGAGUACCACGGUAACAUUUAUAAUUAUGACAAUUUCCAAUCCUACAAUGGCAUACGAAACGAUAUCCGUCUAGAUAGCCUUUUCUUAAUCAGGAAUAAUGUCAUCGUUGGAGCGCUGUUUGAAGAUUAUUUUGAUCAGCCAUUCUUUACGCUUGAUCAUGCGCCUCAAUUUGUCGUAUUUAAUAUAUCUCACACACCAUCUGAGAGCAAAUGGGUAGAGCUCGCUAAGGCUGACUAUAUGAGAUUAGGUCCACUUCGUCGUUUCUCAUUGAUUACAGAGCGCGAUAAGAUUGCUCAUACAAUAGUAGCGGAAUCGUACUGUCAAGGUAACCUAGUUGCACAGAAGUUAGCACUCAUAAGUGCAUACACUGCAGCAGACGAAGCAGAAAACUUGUUACUAGAUCGUAUUAGAGAAGGUCACGUGACGAUUCCAAAAAUCAAACAGCGAAUCUGGCACGUAUUCAAUGACGUAUAUCAUAAGACAUACCGACGUAUCGCGAAUCAAAACCAGGCUUCAAGUUCAAGAAGGGGUAGUCCAUAAGACGCCAAUGUCUAAAAUGAUGCUUGCUACAAUGACUUUUUUUCUCAAGAUUCUGUAAAGAUAGAUUUUUAUCACAUAACGGUUUGUUGUAACAUUAUGAUAAACUCCUCGCACCUAAAUAUGCAAUGAUAGUUAAUACUAUUGUUUGUUCAAUCUAAAGAUAUAUGUAUGGGUAAAAAACAAACCUAAUUGUCAUUUAUACUAGCUGGAGUAUGGAGUAUGGUAUCAUUAGAGCUUUUUCUGGGAAGAUCCCGUUUGAUCGUAGAUUUGGUUUUUUAUAGGGCAGGUCGCACAAGCUAUACCUGAUUUAUGAGAAAAAAGGAUAUUGCGAAAACAGUAGA